AUGGAUCCCCUACAGAACAGUUUAGAUACAACACAGGACUUAUUAAGUGAAAUCAUAGAGGGUUUCAUAGAACUUGGUGUUUCCGUAUAUGAUUUUCCAGGUACUGAUGAAGCAAAGCAAGGAAUGGUAACCAAUUUAAAAAGGAAUUUUGAGCGUAUUGUAAAAUUGGAUCAACUUGCUAAUACUGACAAAAACUUAAAUAAUGUUAAUGUUCCAUUAGAUGUUUUACAAUACAUAGAAGACGGUCGAAAUCCAGAUGUUUAUACUAGAGAAUUUGUAGAAGCUAUCAAAAGAUCCAACCAAUACCAAAGGGGUAAAAUGCUAGCAAUGCGUCAAUUAAGAGACUCUUUAGCUACUAAGAUUAUAGAAGAAUUUCCGGACUUAGAGAAACAGGUGGAUCUUAUAACAAAGAAAACAACCAAUCCUACAAAUGAGAAUAAUUUAAAAUUAUAA